AUGUCUACCCUAAUAUUAAAAUCCAAUACGGACACUAACUUUUUUAGUAGUAGUAGUAGUAAUAACAACAGUAAUAAAACUACUACUACUCAAUCUAAUGAUGAAUCCUCCUCUUCAUUAUUAUCCUCCUCCUCGCCAUCAACAAUUGUAUCAUUAAUGAAUCAAAUUAAUGGUACCCUCUCUGGCGAAGUCAAUGACCCUUCAACUCUUUCAUUGGCUCCAUUAACCCAAAUGAUGUCUUUCGCUGCCUUAGCCCCAUCCACUUCAGAAUUCGCUAUUAAUUUAGCCCAAGGCACCAUGGAAUCAUCUUUAGUAAACAAUAACGACUUGAUUGAAUUACGUAGAACACCUGGAGAAAGUAAUUCAUUAAACCCAAAUGAUGUUGUUAUUGUCGAUGAUUUCAGACCAGGAUCGAAUCAAACAAUUGUCCCAAUUGUAUUGUCCCAUUCAACAAAAGUACCAGACCCAGCUGACGCAGAAGUUUCACGUUUAUUACAAUUAAAAUCUUCACUCUCUCGUACUGUUACUGUUGAUGGUUAUGUCUUUAGGGAAGUUUUUGAUCCUGACCAGGAUGAGGGAUGCAAACAAGCUCUUCAAUUGUACUCUCAAAGUUUCUUUGAACCAACAGAGCCUUCAGUUAACCAUAUCGCCAAUUUAGCUAGAUCCCAUUUUUAUCGUAUAUUAAUUAUGGAAGAUGAAAAUCAAAAAGUUUUAGCUUGUGCAUUUAUUGUUGAAAUUCACGAAUACAAAUGUUAUCAUAUCGACUAUUUAUGUGUUAGACCAGAUUCCAGAGGUGGUGGUCUUGGUGGUAAAUUCUUUAAACAACUAUCCAACUAUUUGCGUACUGAACAAAGAUAUCUCAUGAUUACUUUGGAAAGUGAAACUAAAAUGGUUGGUUGGUAUUUAAAGCAAUCAUGUCUACACCUCAAUGUUAUGAGUGACCAAUUUACUGACGAAACUGGUGAAACUCUCUACUGGUGGUUAUUAAUCGUUCCAUUAGGUAAAGUAAUCGAUGACAACUCUGACUCUGAUACUGAUUCUGAUGAACCAUUGUCAUCAGUAUCUGCUUUGCCACCUGCUUCUCUUAGUCUCAAGAAAAGAAGUAAAUCUUAUAUCCUCCACAAUGGCUCCAUCUUUUAUGAAUUCAACCAAUAUACUCUAAAAACAAUUGUUACUGCUGUUAAAUCUCUUUUAUUAUUUGUUUCUGUUAAAAAAUAG